UUCGCUGAGACGCCUAACUGCGGCGAUCUGCAUUUCUCUCUCACCUUCACUUCAUUGAAGAUCUUAUUUUUCCCCAGAUUUUUUUUUCUUCUUGUAAGCCACAACUUUGCCGCAGAGCUACAUAGAUGCCAUGGAAGAGAAUUUGUGACUAACUACACCUUUCAAUAGAUGCCUUGGGCUUCCCAUUUAAAGACUCUUUGACGCCCCUGCGGAUUUUAUGGAGUGUGACAUUUUGGACAUACGUGCCAAAUUUGGAAGGAAAUAGGCAAAAGGAUGGCUGAUGGAAGUAGUGCGACGUGCUGAAGGUUUCUCUCAAGCAAGACACCGCAGAAAGUUCCGAGAUGACGACGGUGUCCAUGGAAUCUGUCAAAGUCCUGGUUGAAAGGAGCGCCAAUGCCACCGAACCCCCUCAGAGCUCCCACGAGGACCCGGCCGCCACCGCCGCCAUCGGCACCAUUCUCUCUGUCAUGUUUCUUGUGGGAGUCUUGGGAAACAUCUACACCCUGGUGGUGAUGUGCCAUUCCAUGCGGAGCGCGGCCUCCAUGUACAUUUAUAUCAUAAACCUAGCUUUGGCGGAUCUGAUGUAUCUCCUCACCAUCCCCUUUGUAGUUUGCACACACUUCCUCAAGCGCUGGUACUUUGGGGACGUGGGCUGUCGGAUCCUCAUUAGCGUGGACUUUCUAACCAUGCACGCCAGCAUCUUCACGCUGACAGUCAUGAGCACCGAGCGCUACUUGGCAGUCCUCAAGCCAUUGGAUACGGUGAAGCGCUCGAAAAAGUACCGGAAAGCUAUCGCCGUGCUGGUUUGGGGCGCCUCUUUGAUUCUGACUUUACCAAUGAUCGUAAGCAUUCAGCUGACCGAGAUGGGCGGCAAGGCUAUGUGUCUUCCUACCUUGUCGGCCCUGUCCUACAAGAUUUACAUCACCUUCCUGUUUUGCACAAGCAUUGUUGCUCCGGGUCUGAUCAUUGGUUACCUCUACAUCCAGCUUGCUCGGACUUACUGGGUUUCGCAGACUGUGACCUUCAAAACGACCAAUAAGCUUCCUAAUCUGAAGGUUCUCUACCUGAUUUUCACCAUUGUGCUCCUGUUUUGGGCAUGUUUCUUGCCUUUUUGGAUCUGGCAACUCCUGGGUCAGUACCAUCCGUCACUGCCCCUGUCCUCCACGGCCAAGCGCAACAUCAAUUACCUGACAACAUGUCUGACGUACUCCAACAGCUGCAUAAACCCCUUCCUAUACACACUGCUUACCAAGAACUACAAGGACUACGUGAGGAAACACAACCGGUCGUGGUCGGCCGGGAGUUUUUUUGACAGGAGGGGGCGUUGGCAGCGCUCGCCGCGCAGGUCGCCGUCCGCGAGCAGUCAGCAGUGUACGGAGAGCUUCAUGCUCACGCACACGGCGUCCUUGCGUGCACAUAACAGCAGCUUGUGAGUGAGAUCUGACUGAACUUUGCUGAAUGAAGAAGGACCAAAGAACAUGAAAAUAGCACUUGGAUGAACUGUAUAGAGUAAGUGGAAACGUGUGCACAACAACAGAUGUGUUAAUAAAUGUUAAGCUUUUAGAGACUGUGUACUAAACAAACAUGCAUAUUAAUACAUAUGUGCUCAUUUGUAUUUCCUAUGAAUAAAACAUGGGAGGGAACUUUGUGCUAGUAAGUAUACCAUCUGAGCUCUUUGUUAUGCUAUAUGUGAGUCUGCAUGGUUGGCUUCAGUUUGCUGUGCGUAUUAAAAAAAUGAAAAGAAAAUCGGUUAUCGUGACGUCACUAGAAUAAAUCUGCAUGAUUCCAAGGGGAAAAACGCAUUGAAAUAUGUUGAGAAGGAAGUUUUAAUGAACUGAAAACGAUGUUGUGUUCUCAAAAUAUUAGGAAUACAGGUAGUCCCCGAGUUACGAAUGAGUUCCGUUCUUCGCUGGCGACGUAAAACGAAUUUCCGCGUCGGAAUUAAAAAAUUAAGUAAAUCCCUAGACUUCAUUAUGUAUUCACGGGGCCGAUAAAUAGGGGGCCCGCAUUGUUGGCGAGGCCGUCAAAGCUGACCGAGUGGAAUCACAGACAAAGAGCUUUUUUCGUUCAAAAUUCUGGUGAAUAAAUGCUUAAAUCCCCAAAUUCUUUAUAGAUAUGGACGUAAAACAGCCUCGAUUCUUGGUUAAAAGCGGGAAAAAAAAAAAUCAAAAUUCAAAAUUGUCCGAUAUGCAUGUGUGAUACAUCAUUGGAAAGCUUAAAAUCUCAACUUUUGGGGGGGAAGAAAAAUUUUAAAUAGGGGGGCUUUUUUUUUUUUUUUAAAUAUUUUUUUAAACCCUAACUGGAGGCGAGAACAUGCGAAAGCAGAAUUAAAGACGCCACGAUUUUGACGAGAUAUUACAUACCAUGUUUCGAUCCAAAAAAUCCAUGGCGCAUGUAUCGCCGAGUGUCAAGACACAGCUGUGAAUGGCCACAGCCGGAUUUUUUUUUUUUUUUUUAUGGGUGAAACAUGGUGAUAUAACAGGGGUCGCGAUGCAGAAUUCGCAGACAACAAGGAGUGAUUGAGAUGUUUUUUAUAUAUAGUUACCAUUUUAAACGUUAUUUUUCAAUUUUUUUUGUUUUGUUUGGAUCGAUUAUUUAUCAUCUAACAUAUCAGGGAAAAUGCGACAGUAACAAAAAAAAUACAAUUAAGCGAUAGUUAUGAGGUAGAUAUCGGUGACUUUUUUACAGACGCCAAAUUUUUCAUUGUGACGGAAUUUAAAAGUUUAAAAUAUGCGAGUGAAUAAUUUUUUUUAAUCGUUUUUUUUUUUUUGGGACGAAAUAUUAGACAUCAAUUAAUGAUUCUAAGCUAAAAAUGACAUUUUGAAUAAAAAAUAUAAUUACUUACCUUCUUUUUAUGCCUAGGUUGAAACAAAAGCGAUUGCACGACCUCUGUAAACGGGGGUUUUCAGGGUAAAACGGACAAAUUAAAAAUAGUUCGGAGGCUUAGUGCGCCAUGAAUCCGCUAUGACAGCAUAUAGACAUAUUGUUCUAUCAAACACAACAGUUCUUUCGGCUUAAAAUACAGCAGUUUAUUUUAAAGAGGGGUGCAAGAGAGAAACUGCUUGUUCAGUCUUGUCUGUGUUUCCGCUGUAAAUAUGUCGAAGUACAAUGCUAGUCUGUUAGUGAAUGUAGCUAGCGGCCGCCUGAUCUAAAGAGAGCUUUUCCGGUGAAAAUUCUUGUGAAUUAGUCCUUAAAUCCCCAAAUUCUUUAUAGGUAUGGACGUAAAACAGUCUUGACUCUUGGUUUAAAAAAAAAAAAAAAAAAAGUGCAGUUAGCAUUUAUUUUACGUAAAUAUGUCGAAUUACAAUGCUUGUCUGUUACUGAAUGUAGCUAGCGGCUGCCUGAUGUAAACAGAGCUUUUCUGGUGAAAAUUCUUGCGAAUAAAUGCUUAAAUCUUAGAUUCUUUUAUAGAUAUGGACGUAAAACAGUCUCGAUUCUUGGUCAAAAGCAAAACAAGCCUGCAGUUAGCGUUUAUUUUACACAAAUAUGUUGAAGUACAAUGCUAGUCUGUUAAUGAAUGUAGCUAGCGGCCACUUGAUGUAAACUGAGCUUUUCCGGUGAAAAUUCUUGUGAAUAAAUGUUUAAAACCCCUAAUUCUUUAUAGAUAUGGAUGUAAAACAGCCUCAUUUCUUGGUUAAAAGCAGAAAAAAGUGCAGUUAGCAUUUAUUUUUACAUAAAUAUGUCGAUGUACAAUGCUAGUCUGUUAGUGAAUGUAGCUAGCGGCUGCCUGAUGUAAACAGAGCUUUUCCGAUGAAAAUUCUUGUGAACAAAUGCUUAAAUCCCAGAAUUCUUUAUAGAUAUGGAUGUAAAACAGUCUCGAUUCUUGGUAAAAAACACAAAGAAAAUAACGCACAGUUAGCAUUUAUUUUACGUAAAUAUGUCGAUGUACAAUGCUAGUCUGUUAGUGAAUGUAGCUAUGGGCCACCUGAUGUGAACAGAGCUUUUCCGGUAAAAAUUCUUGUGAAUGAAUGCUUAAAUCCCUGAAUUCUUUAAAGAUAUGGACGUAAAAGAGUCUCGAUUCUUGGUUAAAAGCAAGAAAAAAACGUGCAGUUAGCUUUUAUUUUAUGUAAACAUGUCGAAGUACAAUGCUAGUCUGUUAGUGAAUGUAGCUAGCGGCCGCCUAAUGUAAACAGAGCUUUUCCAGUGAAAAAUCUUGUGAAUAAAUGCUUAAAACCCCGAAUUCUUCAUAGAUAUGGACGUAAAACAGUCUCGAUUCUUAGUUGAAAGCAAAAAAAAAAAAAAACGUGCAGUUAGCAUUUAUUUUACGUAAAUAAGUCGAACUAUGAUGCCAAUGCAGUAGCGGCUAAUUUCUCAGAGUGAUUUUUUUUCACGACGUUUCAGAAUGCAGGCGUGGUACGAAAAAUAUGAUAAUUACCUUGAGUCCUCGUACAAAUCACUCCUGAGAGACAAUCCUUCCUGUUUGUAUGCAGAACUUCUUUCGUACUUUAUCAACAGGAAUCCGGAGUUAGAUAGCUGCGUGCGGUUGUUUGUGAAUAGCUCCUCUUGAUGUGGGCGGCCCCCUACUUGAAUGCGAGGCACAGUGCUAUCCUAUCUGACCUGUCAAUACAUUAUGAAGUCGAUGGUAAAUCUCAAAAUAGCUAUCCAAAAAGCCUGAAGGUAUUGUAUUUUGUUAAGUGAUGGAGGAUACACUGCCGCCCUCUGGUGGCAGCGUUGGGUCUGGCUGGACUGUCACCUUAUGACAUAGGAGCAGACUAAAGGAUAGGUGCGCUCUGGUUUGGCCCACAUAUGGCUGUAAGUCGUUUCCACUAAUAUACAUUUGUGUAUGCAUUUUUCAUUAAGUUUACAGCUACAGUUUGUGGAGUUACGUGUGAGAGAUCUGCUAUAAGAUUUGUAAAUACGCUAGCAUUCGUAGCAUUUAAGCAAACAGAGUUUUGUUUGGCAAACUAAACAUUUAAUCUACUAAAUUUACAAAUUAAUCAGACUAGAUGGACGUUUGAACACCAAUUGUUUUGUGUCAAGUUUUUAUUUGCCAAAAUGUGUGACGUUUUGAACAUAAGUGUACAUAUAUGUGGUAUAACUUUACAAAUUGUCAAACCUGAAGGAAGUAAAAAGCUUCAAAAAGCACAAUUGCCUUGUUUAAUGUCUGUCAAACUGAACAACUUGAAGUUUAGUGAAGACAGAACACGUCAUAUUCAUAAAGUAAAGUAAAAAAAUAAGACACUGUGAGGUACAAUACGGCACUAUUUAUUGACUAAAAAAAGAAAAAGACAAAGAGACAAAAUGGCGGACGAGACAGCGGUGUCGUAAUGUCAAAAUCGCGUAAAUCGAGUACGUUGUAACCCGUGGACUACCUGUGUUUGUUUAGCUGUAAUAGUUCUGUACCAAAGAUACAAAGGUGCAUUUAAUACAGUAAAACACAAAAAAUAUCACACAUUAGUUCCACUUUUUCAUAGUUUUUUUUUUUUUUAUACAUAUAUAAAUAAGGGAAGAAAAUGUAAUAUUUUAGUGAGAAAAGGCCACAUAAAUUGUUAUAUGUUAAGUUGAUGUAUAGUAUUUAGCUUUAAUGAAAUCUGUAAACUAUCAAAUGAAGUAACAUUCAGUCUUUCUUUUCCAAGCGAUUGUAUUUUGUUGGUUCAAAAGAAAAAUUGAUGUCAGAAAAGUGUUUAAUAAAAUUGUGUUGAAUCUGCGUGUGUGCUGUAUUUCUUCUCAUUUAAACAUUAACAUUAAACAUCAGACACAUAACGUGGUGUGUAGUGAUAUUUGCUUUGAAUGUUAAAUUCAUUGCAGUAUUUAUUUGAUAUUUUUAGAAUCAAUUUUGUGGCGGCUCGAUCAUGCUGUGA